UUGGUUUCCUGCUAUAUUUAUUUAAACUGACAUCACAGCUGAGCCCUGUAUCAACAGAUUUCACAUCAAAGAGUUGCGCAGCAAACGCGCAAACUUUUGGCGCAGUGAAAGUUGCAGGAAGUUUGAGGGAAGUCUGCUCGUUAGGACAUUCUUCAGGGGAUUGCUACAGGGGUUUACUAAGAUUAGGCUCUUUGUGCUUUUUCACGUGAAAGAGCCUUUAUAAGGCGUCAUUCAGCUGGAGACGGUGGUGCGCUUUAUAACUAGAAAAGGACUUGUCUUUAGGUGCAAAAGUUUUAUUUGCGCACUUCAACAUGGCAGCGUAUACGUUACCGGAGGGAUUCACGGAGUUUGAUAUGUUUACAUUCGGCACAGCGCUGCUUGUUGGGGGCAUGCUGGGAUUCUUCCUCAAUGCCAUCAGCAUCGUGUCCUUCCUCACAGUGAGGGAGAUGAGGAACCCCAGUAACUUCUUUGUGUUCAAUCUUGCUGUGGCGGACCUCUGUUUGAAUAUUAAUGGACUCACAGCUGCCUAUGCCAGCUACCUCAGAUAUUGGCCAUUUGGUCAAGAUGGAUGUGCCUAUCAUGGUUUUCAGGGGAUGAUUUCGGUCCUGGCGUCCAUCAGUUUCAUGGCUGCCAUCGCUUGGGAUAGAUAUCACCAGUACUGCACCAGACAGAAGCUCUUCUGGAGCACCACUCUGACAAUGAGCGGCAUCAUCUGGAUUCUUUCCAUCUUCUGGGCUGCUGUUCCUCUCAUGGGAUGGGGUGUCUAUGACUUUGAGCCUAUGAGGACUUGCUGCACGCUGGACUACACUAGAGGAGACAGGGACUAUAUCACCUACAUGCUGACUCUGGUGGUGCUCUACCUGAUGUUCCCAGCUCUCACCAUGUUGUCAUGUUACGACGCCAUCUACAAGCACUUUAAGAAGAUCCACCACCACAGGUUUAACACCAGUGUACCUUUGAGGGUAAUGCUGAUGUGCUGGGGCCCCUACGUCCUCAUGUGUAUCUACGCCUGCUUCGAGAACGUGAAGGUCGUAUCUCCCAAGCUAAGAAUGGUGCUUCCAGUUGUUGCAAAGACAAAUCCUAUCUUCAACGCUCUCCUCUACUCUUUUGGAAAUGAGUUCUACCGAGGCGGCGUGUGGCACUUCCUCACCGGACAGAAGAUCGUUGAUCCAGUUAUUAAGAAGUCAAAAUAAUGGAAACUCAAUACGCUCUGGAAAAAAACCCAAACCAUCAUCUGCUCUUAUGAUAGGUUCCUCUUACUAAUGGUAAGGUGUUGUUAACAUCAACGAGCCAUUUAAGUGUCUGUACAGUUGUAAUAUUUUCACACGUGGACAGUGACUCAGGAUAAUCUCUACAUCCGGAGCCUCAUGCUGGAUUUGUGUAAACCUACAAAAUAUGCUGCAUGUAAUUUAUCCACUUUCAAAUUACUGCAUUCUUUUCACAGCAGUUUGUAUUUAACCUGCACCGCUCCUCCAUCUGUGUUAGACCUCUUACAAUAAACACAUUGUGUUGCUGCUC